AUGGAGGCUGAGGCCGCGACCACUGUAAUGUUGCGGAACCUGCCCAGGCAGCUGGCGCAGGAGCGUCUGUUGCAGAGGUUCAUCGAGGUCGGUUUCGCAGGGACGUUCGACUUCCUCUACAUGCCGACAAAUGUCGCGACAAGGGAGGGCAACGGCUACGGGUUCAUCAAUUUUUCGUCGUGGCCAGGGUUGCAGAGGUUCGUGCACGAUUGGCACGGCAGGUUUUUCUUCCCCGAUCUCGAUGGCGACGCCCCUCUCAGCGUGUCCAUCGCCACCUUGCAGGGCAGAGAGGCGAACGUGAGCAAGUGGAGCACCUCGCGGCUGAAGCGGGUCCGCAAUCCGAUGUUGAAGCCGAUCGUGCUCCCAGACCCGCUUUGCAACAUCGCGGAAGAGCUCGAGAGGCAGCAGAUGGUGCUCGGCCAGGGCGAGCGGGGCCGAAAGCUGCCCGCGUCGAGGGAGCGCGGCGCGGCUUCGCGCUGA